AGUAUUAUUUGUAAAGAGUGUCAUCUUUAAAAAAAAAAGAAAAUUUAAUUAAUAUAGUGAUAAUAAUUGAUAAUGAUGAUUGUGACGAUGAUUAAACAUGGUUAAGUAAAUAAUAAUAUACAGUUGUCAAGAUAUUAUUACUUAUUAAAGAAGAAGUACUGUGAUUCGUUGAGAAAGGGUGGAAGAUAAGAUUCUUCUCCCUUCUCUUGAAAUUCUUCUUCUUUGUGUCAACGUCAAAGUCAACGUCAAAGUCAACGUCAACGUUUAUUAAUAAUUUACUAUAAAAUUAUUUAUUAUUGUCAUUUGAUCUAAUUUAUCUGUUAUUAACGAAGAUCGGUUUUAACUGAUUAUGAUGUACAAGAUGAACUACAUAGGGAAAUUUAUUAGUAAUUUUCGCGAUUUUUACAAUGAAAUCAAUGCGGCAACGUUAACUGGUGCAAUUGACGUGGUUGUCGUUGAACAAGCUGACGGAUCUUUCACCUGUUCACCUUUCCAUGUUCGUUUCGGUAAACUCGGUGUAUUACGUUCCAGAGAAAAAGUGGUUGACAUUGAAAUCAAUGGAGAACCAAGACAAAUUCAUAUGAAAUUAGGAGACUCCGGUGAAGCUUUCUUUGUCGAAGAAGUUAGUUCAAAUGGUUCACCAACCGAUACUGAAAUUCCACCGCACUUGGCAUGUUCACCAAUACCAGAUGACAGUUGUUUUCCAUCAGCCAGAUUUAAUCCAUUAUCAGAUCUUCCUCAAGAACAGAGAGACAAGAUACUCAUAGAUUCAGUUUUAUCAAUAGAGAGAGAAAAAUGGGAACAAAUGUCUGCAUUGCCAUCUGAAGAAAGAGAAAAAUUUUUGAUAGAACAAUUUGCCGAUCUACCAGCUGAACACCGUGACAAAUGGCUUCAAAUAGCAUCAUUGACAAUUGAAGAAAGAGAUGAAAUGUUUCGACAAAGCUUUGGUACUAUUUCAACAUUGCAAAAGCAACAAAUGAUACGUGAACAAUAUUCGGCGUUAAAGUUGGAAGAAAAGGAGAGAUUGUUUAAAGAAAAUUUUCCUGAAUUACCUGCUGAACAAAGGCAUAAGUUUGAAAAGGCUUUGUUGAGCGACUGGAAACAGAAAGAUGAUGACAAGUGGGAUGACAAAUCUUCAAAUGUUUUGAAGAACAAUGAAGAAGAAAUUUUUGACAUGGAGGGUAUCAAUGAUGAUGAAGAAUCACAGCCAAUAACAUCAAUUCCUAAAUCAUUCGUUGCAGUAACAUCGGAAGACAAGAUACGUAAGAUCAGUGUCGUUAAAAAUGAUUUCAUACCAAUAUCUAACGACAUUGAGGACAACGAUAAAGCUAAAUCAAAUUAUGAAUCUAAUUCAUGCGUUAUCAAGCAAAGAAUUCGUAAGAUUGGUGUUGUCAGUAAUGAUUUUAUUCCAAUAAUGGAUGAUACACAGAGAAACAAUAAAGAAAAGUCUAGCGAUGAAUCUAAUUCAUCUUCUAAUAAAAAAUUGUCGAGAGAUGAGACUGGUGAAGAAUCCAAAAUUAAUAAUUCGACUAAAAGAAAGAGAAAGAGGAAGAGUAUCAUGAGGAAAAAGGGUUCACAAAGAAAAACAAGUAAUGGUAGCAGUAGUCAAACUGAAAUGAGUGAAACUGAUGUCAAUGCAACUGAAGAAUCUCCUCAUGGUGAAGCUAUAUUGAAAGGACCAAGUCCGGUGAUGGAAGUCGACACGAAGAAAGAUUCACCCAGUAUUGUAACGUCAAGUGAAGAAAUUUUGGAAAAACGUCCAGAAACUGAUUUCCAUUUCUUCAGUGAUACAGAAAUAACUAAGAACCAAGAUUCUAGGCCAUGUUCACCUAUACAAUCAGAUACAGAAUUUGAAAUGCGUAAAAUCACACAAGAGAGUUGUGAACAAGAAGAUGACAAAGCUCAUCAACAAAGUUGGAAAUGGGGAGAAUUGCCAAACUUGCCACCUGAAUCAACUCAUCCUUCUCAUAGAAAUUCGGUUAAUUCUUCAGUUGUAAUUCCCCAAUCUAAUGAUACAGAGGCACAUCGGUCAAUGCUCAGUGGCAUGUUCUCGUUUAUGAAGAAGACCUCACGUGUGAGGCAUAAUCCAGAAUCCGAAGGAAUUUAUCUUAGUGAUUUAAAUGCCGAUGAAUUGGAUCCUGAAGUUGCAGCACUUUAUUUUCCCUCAUCUCAUCGUGGAGCAACUGUGGUAAAAGAUGCAAAAGUAAAUGAUGAAGAAGAUACCGAAUCCGGUAAUGGUCCAAGUAUUCCACAAAGUCCUAACAGCGUUGAAGGAGCCAUUGGUGGUCCUAAAUCAUUGGACAGUGAUUUUGAAGAACCCAAAAAUUCUGUCUUCGAUAGUAACUUUGAAAUUAGUCUUUCAUUGUGUGGUGGUUUGGAUAGCGAGAGUGGUCCAUCGAAGGAAGCUUUCCAUCAAAAUUUACUUCAUUAUGAAGAUAUUUGUACUGAUCCUAAAUUAUACGAUAAUCCUAAUUUGGUGGUUAAAAUUAAUAACAAAUAUUAUAAUUGGGCAACUGCAUGUCCAAUUGUCAUGACCUAUGCUGUCUUUCAAAGACACUUGCCUCAAAAUACUAUUGAAAAUUUGUACGCUCAAUGUAUGCCGUUAUUGAUGCACGUUGAUAAAAAACAAUCGAGUACUGAAAAAGCUGAAGGUCGUAGUGGUUACAGUUCAUGGUUCUCAUGGGGUAGAUCUAACACUCAAGCUAAAAAAUCUCAAGAAAUAAGUCAAGUUGAUGGACCAACUUUGAUUGGUGGAGAAUCUUCUGAACAAGUAAUUGAAUGUAAGGAAGCUAUUGUAAUAAGAGACAUGCCAACUACAGAAAGUAAUAUUGAUCUCAAGACUGAUACGAUCUCAACGAUAAUUUCUGUAAAUAUGGAAACCCAUGAAUUAAGGAAUACACCUACCGAUGAUAGUUUGAUCAUGAAGACUGAAAAACCAUGUGAAAGAGAAGGUGAAGGUUAUAGUGGUAGUGAAGAUUCUGAUAGUAAUCAAAAUGAUUUACAAGGUGUUAAAAUACCAAUUGAAAGAAGAUCCUAUUACGAAUCUACUGAAAAGUAUAGAAAAACUUUGAGAUUGUCAUCUGAACAAAUAGCAAGUUUGAAUUUGAAAGAGGGACCCAACGAGGUAGUGUUCAGUGUUACAACAGCUUAUCAAGGUACCACUCGUUGUAAAUGUCAUAUCUACAGAUGGAGAUGGGAUGAUAAAAUUGUCAUAUCAGACAUCGAUGGUACCAUCACCAAGUCUGAUGUUUUGGGUCACAUUUUACCAAUAGUUGGAAAGGAUUGGGCACAGUCCGGUGUUGCUCAAUUAUUUACUAAGAUUAAGAACAACGGUUAUAAGUUGUUGUAUCUUUCGGCUAGAGCUAUAGGUCAAGCUAAAGUUACCAGGGAAUAUUUGAAGAGUAUCAGACAAGGAGAUUUGUCACUUCCUGAAGGUCCUUUACUUUUAAAUCCUACCAGUUUAAUUUCUGCAUUCCAUCGUGAAGUUAUCGAAAAGAAACCGGAAGAAUUUAAAAUAUCAUGUUUAAGUGAUAUUCAAGCGCUAUUUCCAGAAGGCUCUAAACCAUUCUACGCUGGAUAUGGUAACCGUAUUAAUGAUGUUUGGGCAUAUAGAGCUGUAGGCAUUCCUAUUAUGAGAAUUUUUACCAUAAACCAUAGAGGAGAACUGAAACAUGAAUUGACACAAACAUUCCAAUCCUCAUAUUCAAAUAUGAGUGUCAUAGUUGAUCAUCUAUUCCCAGCAUGGCGUGAAGAAGCUGCAGAUGAAUUCAGCAACUUUGCUUAUUGGAGAGAACCGAUUCCUGAAUUACCUAAACUCGAUGAUCACUUUACGCAAACUCAAACAGUUUAAACAGAUUAAUCUUUUAUUACUGGAGCAAUAAUAAUAUUCGUGCUCAUAAAAAGGAAAGAAACAAACAAACAAACCUAAAACAAACACUAUCGUCAUUUAUUAUAAUUAACUACUACUACUAUUACUAUAUUUGUACCCCUAUACUUAAAUGUAGUGUUCUUGACUGGUGCAAUUCAGUGACAUUAUACAAGAACAAGAUUAUUAUACUCUUCUAAUCGUCUUCUUACAUGUUAAAGAAUCCUAGUAGUAGAGCACAAAAUAUUGAAAAAUAUUCAAUACAUGUGUAUUUAAUCCUUUCGUUAUGAGCACCGGAAUUAAACGGCCUCCACUCGACGACCUGUGUGUACGAAUGCCGGAUCUAAACGGCACCCACUCGACGAUCUAUGUGUACGAGCGCCGGAUCUAAACGGCCUCUACUCAACGACCUGUGUGUACGAGCGCCGGAUCUAGACGGCCUGUGUGUACGAGCGCCGGAUCUAGACGGCCUGUGUGUACGAACGCCGGAUCUAAACGGCACCCACUCGACGAUCUGUGUGUACGAGCGCCGGAUCUAAACGGCCUCCACUCGACGACCUGCGUGUACGAGCGCCGGAUUUAGACGACCUGUGUGUACGAGCGCCGGAUCUAAACGGCUUCCACUCGACGACCUGUGUGUACAAGCGCCGGAAUUAGUCGGCCUCUUCCCAACACCUGUGAAUACAAGCGCCGGAUCUAAACGUUAACUCGGCUGCAUGAUGUCUCAUAUGGUGGCGUUACACCUGCAGAGCAGACUGCCGUAACGAAAGGGUUAAUAUUAAAAAGACAUUAAUAGUAUAUUACAUACCUAGGGUGGUAAAGUAAGGAAUGGCUUAGAGCACAUGUAAUUGUUGUCAGAGGCUAAGCCGAGGUCAACUAUUACAUGUGCUCUAAGGCUUUCUUAUUUAUUGCCCAUGGUGUGUAUACUUUUUCUCUGCUCGACGUAGGCGAAAAGCGGCAACUUUGUUUUGCACAGCAGGAGAAAAGUUGACGCUUUUCUUUUCGGAGGGAAGACAAAAUAUCUCUUUUUAAUAUUAAAUACACAUGUAUUCAAUAUUUUGCAAUAUUUUCUACUCUACUAGGAUAUAUUAUCGUCUUUUUUUGUUGUUUUGUUUUAUUAUUAAUUAAUAUUUAUUACUAAGAAAAUCAUAAUCAUAGUAUAUGUGGCUAUUAUGAUAUGUAAAUUCACCAUUAUUGAUAUUUCGUGCUUCAGUUUUUCAGUUUAUUGACAUUCCAUAGCAAACAAUAGUAAAAAAUGAAAACACCCUAUAUAUAUAUAUAUAUAUUAAUCAAAUACAUUGUUUGAAAUUAUGCAAAUCAUGAAAAUCCUGUUGCACCAGUCAGUGCACAGUAAAACUAUUCGAAGAAAAGUAAUUUUGAUGCUCUUAGUAAAAUCAAAGUAUAAACCUUGCUUUUAUGUAUGCUUGAAAAAAAAAAAAAAACAAAAAACAAAAACAAAAAAUGGA